AUGUCCCUCACCAACAGCACCUCUGGUGCCCUCUUCUCCAGCGGUGGAAUUGCCGCUGCCAUUGUAACUCUGCCCGCUGGGCAGAAUGGUCACCUCCACAACUUCGCACCCCCACCUUACAGCUCAAAUCCCAGGCCAAAUCCCUUUCCAAUUCUGCCCCCCACCUACCAGCAGUUGGUGCAAACGGGCCACCUCCUCCAGCAGCAGGAUUAUUACUUAGAGGUCAACUCAUCACUCUUGACAGGAUACACACUGUUCCUUGCAUUUGUCAUUGACCGGUUGCACCACUACCUUCAGAAGCUCAUUACUCUAAGGAAAGCCGCCAGCACCUCCAGAGAAGAGGUCGAGAAGCUCCAGAUGGAGAACCGAUCCUUGCGCGAGAAGGAGGACAAGUCUUCCGGAGAGAUCAAGAAGCUUCACCAGGACAUCGCGAAGCUGCGCGAGGACAUGAAGAAGCUGAAAUCCGAGUCGGAAGACCACGAGAGGAAAGCGUCGGAGGCGGAGGCCCACGUCAACGCCCUGCAAAAGCAGUCGGAGGAGCUGCUCCUGGAGUACGACCGGCUGUUGGAGGACAACCAGAUUCUGCAGUCCCAGCUCCACUACAAAGCCUGAAUCAUCAGUUAACCUGCGGUGCACGAAGCGCUCAUGGCCAGGGCUCAUGAUGUGGCUCAUGGCUGUGUCCUUUCCCUCUCUAGCUUAUGGUGUUGUUGUUGGAUGCGGUGUCUAUUUUGUAGUUCUUGAGUGGCAGUUGGUUUUGAGGCACUGAAAAGGUCAGGGAUGGUGAAUUAUUGGAUAUGGGAGAAAGAUCAGAUUUCAGAAUGUGCAUUAUCAUAACUGAUUAGGCCCUGUUCCGAACGCAGGAAUUUGUCUCCAGUUCCUGCAGAAAUUUGAAAAGAUUUUCGAUAUCAUUAUAUU